AUGGACCGCAAGAAUGGAACAAAGAUGCGACCUCCGACGGUUGCGGCAGCAGCAGCAGCAGCAGGAGCCUCUACAACAACAACGGCACGCCGAAAAUUGCCCGUCAAAACAAACGUCCCUUCCAUGUUCCAGCCACCGGCAACGUCUGGCCUAAAUGAGACAGAAAUGAGCAAAAGCAUUGGCACGCUAAAGGCGGAAUACACGAUGCAGUCUACAUUCGCCUCUGUACAUCGUCCCCGGCAGAUCGGUACGGCGGCAGCCAUUCGGCGGACAGGUUCACAACUGAAGGCGGAUCGAAUACAUCACCAACAGCAGCAACAGCAGCAAAAAUAUGCCGGUACCGUUCACUGUCGUCCAGAUAGCGCAAGUUUCAGUGUCCUCGGAACGGGAAAGAUUGACUCAAUGAAUGAGAACAAUGCCGGAAUAUUUAAUCAACCGGCUGCUGUAGUGCUGCCGCUGCCUGUCCAAAUACCUGAUCCAUAUGCUAAUUCAACACCGCUUUAUGGACGCCACCAUCAGCAGCAGCAUCAACAGCAACAACAACAACUGGUUCGCAAGGUGCAGGUACAGACUCAAUAUCACCAACAACAACAGAAUCUUGAUAUGGCUCUGUCACAAAAGGCUGAUUAUCUACAACAAAACAUUUCAAAGCAGGGCACGAAUCAAAGGUGCCCGACGGCCGGGACGAAUCAAAGCAAAGCCAGUGCAGUCCUGGCCAGUCGCUCGCCAAAACAGCAGUCGCAGCUUCAAUUUUGCAAAAUGUCGCCUAAAUUGCUAAACGAAAUUUACGAGAAGCACUUGUUGAGUCAGACAGUGUUUGAUGGUUUCGAAACGGCGGCGAACAAUCAGUUUCCAGCGCUGGCCGGAACCAGCCGAGAAAUUCGCCGGUUAGUCAUUACGAAACCAUCAUCGGGGUCGAUGGGGGGACAUCAGCAACAGCAAAAUCAUUCCAAUAAAUCGUCCAGAGGGGACGACUGCGACAAUUUAUAUGAAUCGAUUCACAGCAAUUAUCAUAUCUACGAAAAAAUCGAUCCCGCCGGCAAGCGAGGCUCCAGGGUGGAACAGUACGUGAGACCGUCACCUCCACUGCAGCCUCGUCCCAAGUCGCUUCCGGUGGACACUAGCUUGUUUGCGAACCCGAACAAACUACAGGCUUCAGCCAUUCAAAAUGUGCCUGCGAAUUAUAAGCGAAACACGAGCAUCGUUUCGUCCUACCGACUGUCUAGCUCGGACGUUCUGCGGACCGCCAAAAGUCCCGCCGCCUCCGGUCUCAGCGGUGGCUGCGGUGCCGCUGGUGGUGGUGGUGGUGGGCUUUCACCGAUUGCGGAAAAACCCACCGGUGGCAUCGGCGGAUCGGCCAUCCCCGUCUACGGUGGCAUCGGUGCCAACGGUGGAGCUGCUGCUCAUAAAUUACUCAUUACUGCGGACAAGAUCAACAUCGCCCUGGAGACGGCGAAAGCCCUGGCGACGGCGGCAUACAUCGAAAGGGCUGCACAACGCCUAGCUUCGGGCAGUGUGAUCCAACACCACCACCACCAUCAGCAACAGCAGCAGCAGCAACAGCAUCAACCGAGCCAACAUCCGAGCACAAACAUGAGUGGAUCCGUCAACAUGGGAGGCGUGGGUGCGGUGGCUGAAGUCAGUGGCUUCUGUGGUGCAAUUCAUCGGACACCACCGCCCGUGCCGGCCGGGCUGUCUCGAAGGAUGGCAAACCGGGAGGUGGUCGGACUGGGCAAGGUCAAGGUAAUGCUCCGAGUUUCGGAUGACCCUCCAAAAGCGUCCGCUCCGACCAUCAGUGCCCAGGAAGAGGCUCAGACUGCAUCCGCGCCGCAGUCCGUGCCGUCCUGCAGCAGCGGCAGCUACCUGACGGUGGACAAGAAGAAACGGCAGGUCACGUUGUGCGAAACGCAAACAAACCUCGCCGCUUGCAGUAGUGCAGCGACCCCGGAGCGAGGCCCAAUGGUAUCGGCACCGAAAAUGUUUGCAUUCGAUGCAUUAUUUACGACCGAGGACUCGCAGCACGACGUUUGCGGAAGUGCGUUAUCGGAGGUGAUACCGGCUGUACUGGAAGGCUCGGAUGGAUGUUUGCUGUCGCUGGGAUACCCAGGAGCAGGACAAUCACGCACCAUGUUCGGCACGUUGGCGUCGGCACCUUCGGACCUGGGGGCCAUCCCGUGCGCCAUCGCCUGGCUGUUCAAGGGAAUUAAUGAGAAACGUCAGAAAUCGGGCGCGAGAUUCUCCGUCCGCGUUAGUGCACUCGGCGUGAACGCCACCAAACCGGGAUCAUCGUCGAGGGAUUUGCUCGCCGGUCAUGCGACAGAAUCCGAUGACUCACCGGGGAUGUAUUUACGGGACGACUUCCUUGGCCGGCCGACCGAGCUGCGGGCCCCGACGGCGGAGCGGGCAGCGCUCUUCCUGGAUCUGGCUCUCUCGGGACGGGCGCAGGGCAGCAGCAACCUGGAGCCGGCACUAAUUUAUACCCUGCACGUCUACCAGUACAGUUUGUCCGGUAAACGGGGCGUGGAAGGUGGUCGCAGCCGGUUGCAUCUGAUCGAUCUGGGGGGUUGCGCCAAUCGAAGCGGAGGGCUGCCACUGUCCGGUAUCGGUAACGUACUAUUGGCGAUUCUCAGCGGCCAAAAGCAUCCACCGAACAGGGACCAUCCGCUGACGCCAUUGCUGCGGGACUGUCUGGCGCCGCUGACUUGUCAUGUGGCUAUUGUUGCUCACGUGGUACACUCGCAGACUCACACUGAUACAUUAACCACAAUUCAGCUGGCGUCUCGUAUCCAUCGGAUGCGACGACGAAAACCCCGACAUCAUCUGUUUGCCGACCGUGGUGCAGGUUUAAAUGGUUCCUCAGGUCACCAAUCCGGCGGAUCGUCGGAAGGUCCCGACCCAUCCAGUUCGGAUUUUUCGCAGGACACCGUAAUUUACAUGGGACCCUGCGAUGAUCCUACCGAUGGAGAACAUCCUCCUGUUUAUCUGCCGAGCCUAAACUCCGGCGACAACCGGUGCGCUAUGAACAAAGCUCUCAAAGGUUCGGUCGCCGAAAAACCCACCCCGACUGUUACAGCCUCACCCCAGAAAAAGAAAAUCACUUCCACCUCCAAGCGUAAGAGCGAAACCUUGCCCCAUCCUAUUCGGUUGAAUUAUUUCAAUGCCUAUUCUUGCCCCCUUGCAGCUCAAAAUCCUGCCCCAGCACCGAUCCCCAUACGUACCGACAGCCUGAAGCGGAAUCAAACCUACGGCCAGCAGGCCUCAGCCGGGCCGGAACUGGUAGCAAACGUGAUUCAAAUUGCAUCGCAACAUGUUUCACCGAAAGUAGUUGCCGGAGCUUUUAAGCACAUGACUAGCGUUAGUAAAAGCUCCAAUAUUCCCACCCCCAAAGGAUCCCCACUUCGGCGAUCAAAUCCCCCCGUAGCAGGUCCAACUCCCACCCGGGAAAGCCCCUCCCGACAGGUAAGCGAAGAAAAAUGGAUCGACGGUCCGCGGAUGUCUAAAUCCAAGGUCCACGAAGCUCGUCAUUUACUGAGGGAAAUCAAUCACGUUAAAAAUCAUGAAACUUGGGUGGAUGGUCCGAAAACAGCCAGCGCAUCUCAAGUUUUUCCUCCAGCCAUGGGAAGCCAUGCGGCCCAAGCUUAUGGUUUCAUGGAUAACCACAAGAAAUCUAUGAUUCGACAGUGGGUUGAGAACCAAUCGAUGCAGCUCCUGCAGCAGUCGAUGUCAGCCAACAACUCACCGGCUCACAGUAGACACCAGAGCUAUAAUCUACCUAGGUUUAGACCGAGCAAAUCCGAUGAGGAUGGUUUCAUUUUAGAGUUGGAUACAAAGCAAGAGGAAUUGGUGAACCCAAUUGCUUUCCGUGGGUUCACCGCCACCAGUGGAGUAUUGAACAGUUCCGAGAGCCAUGUGCGUACGGGACUCAAACAAGCCUACAGUCUGGAUAAUCCGGAAAUCCAGCCAAUGUGUCCAGUAUAUAGCACGGCUGCGGUUAAUACCACAUCCAUGUCAACCGCAGCAGCAGUCAUUACUAGUACCACCGCUCCUCCUUCAGUUAACGACAAUCAUUCCGAAAGAUCGCACCCUGCUUCAUCGCACGCUAGUGAUAAACCCGCUAGUAAACACGGUGACAGUCAGGAGGAGGAGGAUCAAGAUAGCGGCCCUUCGGAAGUACCACCGGCAUUGCCAUUGAUGGAUCCACUCGGUUCACGGGAAAUCUCGCACGAAAGUAUUCACCGCCUGUGCUCGAGACACGUGUCUCGGGACAACAUGAGCGUUCACAGUCACAAUAGUCACAACGCCGGUAUGAUGGACUGUGGACUGCAGGUAACGGAAGAUGAAAUCGCCAGAACUAUGGGAGGAGAGCAUCCCCUCAGCGCACUCAGCCAUGGUGAACUUUCAGUCGUGUCGAGCUUCAAUGUCGGAGGAGAUGUUUUUAGUGAUUGCGUCAUUGGUGAUAAUAUGCGUAACCAAUUCGAUCAACUGGCCCGACUGAGGGAAAUCUUCACGUCACAGUUGGCUAUGGCUGAAGUGACACCUGCUUUCCGACUCGGUGACGCUGGUAGUGUUUACAGUGAACCGGCAUAUCGCUUCAACACCGGUCCGGCGAGUGUUUGCAGUGAACCAGCGUACCGUCCCCCGAGUCCUCGGUGUCGUGAUUGUCGACAAUCGUUAAACCUAUCGCGCACACCCAGCCAAAGUUCGUUGCCAAGUCUAACGGGGAUCGUUGCGAUUGCCGGUAUGGAGCAGUAUGCUUCCUUACGACAUCCUGACGGCGCCUCGGAUCCCAAUCUGCCAAAGCUGGAGAAAAACACCGAAACUGCGCUCGAUCCGGAGGAGCACAUCCGGGAGAACCCUCUCGCCGAGCUAGAUGACCAUGAAGCUCUCAAGGGAAGCAGCUCCAUGCUAGCACAGCAAUCCCUUCCAACACUACCUCUGCUUCCGCUUUCAACUCCGGAAGCGUACGACAGUGGACACGAUUCGACACCGCGAACUUCCAAGCAUUCCGGCAUCUCGAGGAGAGCGGAAAGCGGAUACCACAGUGUAGGUACGGUACGGGAUAGUGAUGAGUCGAGUUUCGGUUCGGCAGCCUCACGAGCCAACCAGAAGUCCAAGAAACGAAACCGCACGGACAAAUCACUCUGCCACUGGUUGCGAAAUCCCUUCAACUGCACCUAUCCGGACACGGAAGGAGACGUGAGCGACUUCUAG